AUGGGCGACGGGGCGCCGGCGGUGCCGAGCAGGUUCCGUACGAUCUGCGUCUUCUGUGGCAGCAACGCAGGCCGCCGCAAGGUGUACGCCGACGCCGCCCUCGAGCUCGGGUACGAACUGGUGCGGAGGGGCAUCAACCUGGUCUACGGCGGCGGCAGCAUCGGCCUGAUGGGCGUGAUUGCUCGGACGGUUCGUGAUGGCGGCUGCCAUGUCCUUGGGGUGAUUCCCAAAGCGCUCAUGCCUGUUGAGAUAUCAGGCGAGAGCGUGGGAGAAGUGAAGGUCGUCGACGACAUGCAUCAGAGGAAAGCCGAGAUGGCUCGCCAAUCCGAAGCGUUCAUCGCUCUUCCAGGGGGGUACGGGACGAUGGAGGAGUUGCUGGAGAUGAUCACCUGGUGCCAGCUUGGAAUUCAUGACAAACCAGUUGGGUUGCUGAACGUCGACGGCUACUACGACCAGCUGCUUGCCCUGUUCGAGAAAGGCGCCGCCGAGGGCUUCAUCAACCCUGACUGCAGCCAAAUAUUCGUUUCUGCGCCGACCGCAAGCGAACUGCUGACGAAGAUGGAGCAAUACACCCGGUUGCACCAGGAGGUAGCCCCAGCAACGAGCUGGGAGAUCUCGGAGCUCGGCUACGGGAGAGGCGGCGGCGGCAGCGCGCCGUCAGAAGAAGAAGGCUCGUAG